AUGAGCGUAUCGGUUGCAGAUAUCUUUGAAGAAUAUGUGGAAAGUCUCCAAAAUCUGCCCGCUGAAAUCGAUCAAAAUAUGCAUGAACUACGUAGCAUGGAUGAGGAAUUUCAACGCGUGAGAGAAACAUACACCAAACAUCGACGUUCUUAUGCAAAAGCGCUCAAAAAUGCAACACCCAACCAUUCGACCAACCUCAGCGCGUCGCGAUCGCAACUGGAAAAAGAAUACCAAAAGGCACUACAGAAGCAAGAUGAAAAGAUUGAGCUAGCCUUGCGAAUGUACGACCUUGUCUCGAGACACAUUGAACGAAUCGACUCGCAAAUGGCCAAGAGUGGCAUUGAUGGAGGUGAUUGGAUAGGGAAUCGUGCGUCAUCUAACCGAUCAUGGGAAGACCGUUGGCGAAACGAGGGACAACGUAAACGCUCUAUCGCACCAUCAUCAUUUCGAAAGCGCGCACCGCGACCAACACCUGCAACAAGCCAUCAUGGCACUUUGACGGAGCUUGAGAUCGAUCCAAAUGAACCACGUUAUUGUAUCUGUAACCAAGUAUCCUUUGGUGAUAUGGUGGCAUGCGACGGAGAGAAUUGUGAGAAGGAAUGGUUCCACUAUGCAUGUGUAGGCCUUGUGGAGCCACCAGCAGGAAAAUGGUUCUGUGAUGAUUGUGCAGCAGAAGAUGGAUAUCGAAAACGCAUUAAACGACUAAGCGAAGAUAUUGCUUGA